AUGGUCGAUCUGGUCCCCACAGUCCUCCAACUGUGCGGUGUCGAUGAGGCCCCCCCCCCCCCCAAUGGCAUGUCCCUGCUUCCGAUCAUUUUCGGUGACGAGCCUCACCGAGAAUUUGCCUUUUCGAAAGAUGGAUUCUUGCUCUGGGAGGACCAGCCGCUUCUCAAGCAAACCUCCUUCCCGUACGAUUUCAAGUCCAAGCUGGAGCAUGAAGACACACAAGUGGUUGACAAGGCGAUACGAUUCUUACAGGAGCCACUAUGGACCAUGUGA